AUGAUGCUAGGAGUAUCCCAUUUCGCGCAAGUGAGAGACGGGAUUCGAAGUUCUCUCCUAGGUCAACGAUCGAAGAUUAGAGACGCCGCCGCGUUUGCCGUUUGCAAGGAAAGUAAAAUAAGAUGGGCCGGACACGUGAUGCGCUUUAAUGACAACCGUUGGACCAGAGCCGUGAGCGACUGGGUUCCCCGCGAUAUUAAGCGCAUUACAGGAAGACCGCCGACCCGAUGGUCAGAUUUCUUCACGAAGUCCUUCAAAGAAAAAUAUGAUGCUCUUCGUGACCCACGCGAAAGAAGGAACCACUGGACUACUCUGGCACGCGAUCGGGACAAAUGGAAGAAUUACUGGCGCCCGCUCGACCAGUUCGAAGAUCAACGGGAGUCAAGGUGA